AUGCGUUGGUCCUGGUUGCUAGCCCUGGUGGCCCUCGUCACUUCUACAGUGGCAGACUCCUUCACCAUCGACAAUUCCUUGUGGGACAACGUUCGUUACUACAGAAACAUCGACAUCGCCAAGAGCUAUGUUCGCGAGGUAUCCCUUGUAGAAGUCAUCAACAAGUCCGACCAGCCGCAGGAUCUUUACAUUUUCCCUGUCAAUGACGGCUACGAUGCAAUUGACACCGUUUCGUACUUCCGCGUCACCGAUGAGGAGAGAGGCAACGACAUACACCCGAUCAAGAUUGUAGAGGGUGUGUAUGGCAUCAAGUUCCAGUAUCCAAUUGCGCCGGGCACCAAGUUCUCGUUCAAGGUGGUGUACGUGUACACCAACACGUUGGAGGCCGUUCCGGCCAAGAUUGGCCUCGACGAGACCCAGCAGGUGUUGCUCAAGUUCAACAAGUUCUGCUACUCUCCAUACACCACCUUGGAGUAUUCGCUCACUGUUUCGGGCUUCACCAAGGGCCUGGAGUACCAGUUGCCCUUGGACCACUAUAUCUCGCCCAACGUCGCCUCGUUGCCGGAAGUGAAUGGCCGUAUCGAGGAUGAGUCCAAGGUCUUGACCUACGGACCGGUCGACGCUGAAAUCGCUCCAUACACCGUGAAACCAUUGGGGCUCUUGUACGAGCACAACAAGCCGUUGGCCCGUGUGUACAACUUGGAGAGAAACUUCUGGAUCCCAGCCUCGGACGUCGGGGUCGUCCAAACCGAGGACUACUAUGAGCUCGUCAACAACGGUGCUGGUCUCAGCCUGGGCUUCUCCCGUGUAGACUGGAUCAAGGGCCGUUACGAGCUUGCGGCAGAGCACUUCUCCCUUGUCCGUUUGCUUUUCCCUAAGGACGCAGAGACUCCAUACAAUGGUUACUAUUUCACCGACAAGGUGGGAAUGGUCUCGACCCACUUCGACACCAAAAACGACUUGAUGUUCCUCCCUAGAUACCCUCUUUUCGGCGACUGGAAGUACAACUUCACCAUGGGCUGGAGCAACCUCAUUGAAAACUCCGUGAGAAAAGUUCUGAACGAGUCUGAUGUGUACAUUGCCAGAUUCCCUCUUUUGAACACUCUCGACGACAUCACGUACGACAAUGUCUCCAUCAACAUUUACUUGCCCGAAAACGCCGAGUUCCUUAACGCCACCUCUCAUUUGGAGGAAUCCAGCCAGGUUGUGGGCAACGAGUUGAGUUACCUUGAUGUCUCCGAUGGCCAUGUUAAAGUCACCCUCAAGUACGAGAAUUUGUUCGAUGACAUGUCCAAGUCAUACGUCUACGUGAAGUACAGAUACAGCGCACAAAGCUACUGGGCCAAGGUCUACAAAAUCGCUGGUUUUGUGUUCACUGGCUUGAUGAGUUUCUAUGCAUUGGGUCUCGUGGAUCUUUCGAUCAGGAAGUAA